AUGCUGGUCACCCAGUGUGAGUGGGCAGGGCAGGCCGGGUAUAAAAGCCGCGGGUGUGCAGAAGGCAGAAUAAGAAGAGGCAACACUUCGGUAGCAAUAGCCAGAGACUCCGCUUGCGUACCUUACCUCGCUAGGUCGCCCCGGCAACCAGCAGCCGGCCAAUCAGCGCUUGAGGAGCCAUGUCUGGUGAGUGCAGGAGAGGGCGGGACCGGCCUCCCUUCGCAAAGCCUCAAAAAAGCACUGAUCGUCCUGGCUCACUCAGAGAAGACAUCCUUCAACUAUGCCAUGAAGGAGGCAGCUGUAGAGAUCUUGAAGAGGAAAGGAUGGGAAGUUGCUGAGUCGGACCUCUAUGCCAUGAAGUUCAACCCAGUCAUUUCCAAAAACGACAUCACAGGUAAACUGAAGGACCCAGAGAACUUUCAGUAUCCUGCUGAAUCUGUUCUAGCUUAUAAGGAAGGCCGUCUGAGCCCAGAGGUUGUAGCUGAACAAAAGAAGCUGCAAGCUGCAGACCUUGUGAUAUUUCAGUUCCCGCUGCAGUGGUUUGGAGUCCCUGCCAUUCUGAAAGGCUGGUUUGAUCGAGUGUUCAUAGGGGAAUUUGCUUACACAUAUGCUGCCAUGUAUGACAAGGGACCUUUCCAGCAUAAGAAGACACUGCUUUCUAUUACUACUGGUGGCAGCAGCUCCAUGUACUCUCUGCAGGGUAUCCACGGGGACAUGAAUAUCAUUCUCUGGCCAAUUCAGAGUGGCAUUCUGCAUUUCUGUGGCUUCCAAGUCUUGGCACCUCAGCUGACAUACAGCAUUGGGCAUACUCCAGCAGACGCCCGGAUCCAGAUCCUGGAAGGAUGGAAGAAACGACUGGAGAGUAUCUGGGAUGAGACACCACUGUAUUUCGCUCCAAGCAGCCUCUUUGACCUAAACUUCCAGGCAGGUUUUUUAAUGAAAAAAGAGGUACAGGAGGAGCAGAAAAACAAGAAAUUUGGCCUUUCUGUGGGUCAUCAUUUGGGCAAGUCCAUCCCAACAGACAACCAGAUCAAAGCCGCUGGAAAAUGA